ACAGGACACGGCACUCAGCGCCACGGUCUGCUUGACAAGGUGGUGCUCCGUCAUGUCAGACUCGAUGACCUCAGAGCUCUUUUCCAGCCUAAGCGACGCUGUGAUUCCGUGAUUCCUUCCUUUUCACUAGGCUUGAAAUCACGCCGAGACCAACCACCAGAGAACACCCAAGCGAAGGGAACCCGGCCGCGCUGCGCUCCCGGCAGCGGGCGCGCCCCGGCGCCUCCGAGUGAGGGCAGGGCGCGGACAUGGCGGGCGGGGCGCGGCUUCACGCACGUCACGCCCGGCUCCCUGGGCCUUCCGGGCUGCCGUAGGAGCCGCUCCCGCUCCGCUCCCUCAGGGACAGCGGCCCUCGCCUCCCUCCCUUCGGGGAAGCCGCUCAGGGAGCAGCUGCCUCGACCCCCGAGCUUCCCCCGGCGGCGGCUGUGCCGAGCCCGCGGGGCGCAGAAUGGCACAAAAGAAGUAUUUGAUAGCAAAACUGACAAGCUGCUUAAGAGAGGACAAGAUUCAGCUAUGGAAACCACCAUAUACAAAUGAAAAAAAAGAAGCUGGUGAAGAGAUGAAGGAGCUUGUACAAAAAUAUUCAUCCAAGCUGAAUAUCAAUAAGAAUGAUACAGAGAAUAUGCUUGAAGAAAUACGGUGUAAAGCAAUUGAGCGUGGGACAGGAAAUGAGAAUUUUAAAGUGACUGGGAUUGCAAGACUUGAUAUAUAUCUGCCUCGUAGAAAAAGCAGGAAAAUCCCACUGGAGACCAGUCUGUUCAUCACAGGCAAAGAGCUCAGAUCCCAGAUAGCACAGGAGUAUGCAUUACAAGAGAAUGCUGUCAAAAUAAUCAUAAAUAAGAAGCAGCUUGAUCUGGGUAAAACCCUUGAGGACCAGGGUGUCACACACAAUGCAAAAGUGAUGGUGCUUCAACUGGAACAGAGUGAUGAGGAAACCAAAAGAAAAGUUCAGGAGGAAGAGCUUCAGUGUAAGAAAGAAAAAGAAAUAAAUGACAAGAUGCAGAGAACUAAGAAGGGCUUGGAAAUUCUAGCAGAGAGAGAGGAGUACUUGGAUGCAGACUCUGUCCCAUACCUAGAUAUAGCUAAUCAAACUGGAAGGUCAAUUCAGAUUCCUCCUCAAGCUAAAAAAGCACUUGUGCUGGCUAUGGGUUGCCACGAGAAAGGCAGAGCAUUAAUGAAGAAGAAAGAAUAUGAAAUUGCACUGCCAUAUUUGUUGGAUGCUGAUAAACACUUCUGUGAGUGUAGCACGGAGCUGCUGAACACGGUUGAUAAUUAUGCAGUGCUGCAGCUGGAUAUAGUGUGGUGCUACUUCCGUCUGGAGCAGCUGGACUGCCUGGAUGAUGCAGAGAAAAAGCUGUCCACAGCACAGAGAUGCUUCCAGAGGUGCUAUGGGGAGAACCAUGAAAGGCUUAUUGACAUCAAAGGAAACUAUGGUCGGGAGAAGGUUUUAUUUCUACGGCUUUACCUCCUUCAAGGGAUUGGGCACUACCACAGUGGCAGAGAAAAGGAGGCUGCAGAGUACAUUCAGAAGGCAUCCUCUUUGUACGGAGAGCUGUCCAUAGAUCCUGAUAAAGUGGAUCGCCUGUCACUCCUGGGAUUCUCGGAGCAGGAAGCUCGCCUUGCCCUGCGAGCAUGCCACGGGAAUGUGGAGCAUGCUGCCAAUCUAAUCACCAACAGGAGAGAGGAAAAGGCGCAGAUCAGGAGGGAGGAGAGAGCUAAAAGGCGGCGGCGACUGGAAGACAUCAAUACCCUGAAAAGUAUGGGCUACCCAGAAAGAGCUGCUCAGGUAGCUCUUCAAAAGACACAAGGAAACCUGGACCAAGCCUUUAAGUUUAUUCUUGACAAUCCUGAGUUACUCUUGGAAGAUGAUGAUGAUGAUUCCGUGGCUAUGGACCAGUUUCAGGUUUCCCAAGAAAGUAUUGAGCAACUGACGUACAUGGGUUUCAGCCGUGAGUCAGCAGAGCAAGCUUUGAAGGUCUUUAAAGGGAACAUCCACGUGGCUUCCCAAACCCUUGCUCAUUAUGGGGGAGUUCUUCCCCCUUCACUGCUGCUGUCCUCAGAAGGAUCCAGUCCAUCAGAGGAAUCCAGUUCUUCCAAGGACCUGCUCACAGAGUCUGCAGGUUCCUCUAGUUCACCAACAGAUGAAGACAUGGAGACUGAUGCAGUCAAUGAAAUCCUAGAGGAUAUUCCUGAGCAUGAAGAGGAUUAUCUGGAUUUAACACUCGAGGAGGAAGAGCAGAUAAUUCAUGAAUACUUAUCCUAUAUACAAGUACCACAGCACUAAAUCCCAUUAAAUCUACUUUAGUUAUAUGUAUUUACCUUGUCAAAUUGAGUUUGGAUUAUAAAUGCACCUUCAGCUUAUCUCUUACUAAGGGCCUUGAAUUCCAUUAAACUAUAGUUGGAAUACUUAAUUCCUGCUUAUUUGUUACUCUGCUUAAAGCCUACAUUUGUGAUACAUUGUAAUUUUUUGUCAUAGAAAAAUAGAAACAUUUAUUUUCAGAAGAAAAUUUAAUAGAACUAAACUAUAUUUUUAUUGUGAAGUAAGUUAACUCAGUAAAGAAGCAUUUCUAUACCAUUUUAAAUACCAGCUUUAAAAGAAAAGCAUGAGUUUGUAAAUGAGAAACCUUAGCUCAUGAGGCUGUAGAGGUAUAUCAGCUUUCCAACUUUUCUUCUGAAAGAUUUCUAAGAGACAUUAAUGUAUCUGUUGUGCAUGAGUUUAUACCAUGUUCUACUUGUCCCUUCCUACAGGUGUUACACAGGCAAUAAAGGUAACUCUGUGCUGCUUCUGC